CUCCAGUGGCCUCGCUCCUCUCGUAGAAGUAGAAGAUGCGGGGCACCAGCUCGGGGGGACGCAGCCGCGGAUCGCCGAAGUGUACACCUUUGGCGCGCCUAAAAUCACACAUGACAAAAACUGGCUGUCGGAUGCCAUUCCUGAAAACGCGCCACUACCAGGUCUACGCGUGUGGACGGAGCAGUGCGGGGCCGCAAUUGCGCCCGGCUUAUUUGGGGAACCGUCCGCCCGCGGCUCUUCCGCGGGGCACUGCGUCGAGCCGCACGACUUGGAUUUCGGGGCGCAGUCCAGCUUCCUAGUGGGCGACUGGUACCACCCAAAAACCAUGGACGCGCUUCAGCUCGCGCUGGCCAAUCCGGUGCAUGGGGGCAUCACCGGCGGCGACUGGGGCGAGGUGUACGAAAAAAUCG